AUGACUGCCGACUAUUUAGACAACAUAUUCAACAUACAUCCUGAGAAGCUAUCCAUCUGGCCAGUGCUUUUGCUGGCUGCUGCAAUAUACAUGGCACAGCUAAUUUACUUGGCAUUUUUCUCACCACUUUCCAAUAUCCCUGGGCCGCUCGUGAACAGAUUCUCCAAUCUUCCACUCAAGUAUCGCAUGGUGCGUGGUCAGUAUCAUUCGUAUUCAGCUGCACUUCAUGCCAAGUAUGGUGAGGUUGUACGAAUCGGACAUGAUCAUGUCUCCUUAUCAAACACUGCAGACUGCCGUUUCGUUCUCUCCACCCAUGCAUUUCCAAAGGGGAAGAUGUAUGAUAAGGGGUACAGCAGCAAAGGGUUCGUCGUCAAUACCUUCACAGCGGUCAACCCUGAGGUCAACAAAUUCCGUCGCCGCAUGAUUGGAGACGCCUUUGCAAUUCAUACGAUGCGUGCAGUUGAGGGCAUGGUUGUGGAUGCGGGUGUUGGUUCGCUGAUAAAGACAUGGGAUACUGAGAUUUCAAGGCAAGGAGGGCAGGCCUGUAUCAACUACUAUGACUCAUUCCUCCGCAUGGGGUUCGAUGUUAUUGGCAGACUAUGCUUUGACAGGAACUUUAACGUUCUCCAGAAAGGAAACACCGAGGUUGUCGACUGGAUUCACGAUACUGUGACGUUUGCCGCAUUCCGUGGAAUGGUUCCUUGGCUCUCAAGACAGCCGUGGGCAUUCAAGAAAUACAAAGACUCCCGCGCUAGCAUCAAAAGGCUGGCAGACACAACUGUCGAAACUCGCCAGAAACAGAUCCAAGAAGCUGGUGCACCGCUGCGCGUCGAUUUGCUACAGAAGCUUGUCGAUGCUAAAGACCCCGAGACUGGAAAUAUAUUUACACCCCUCGAGAUUCAGUCAGAGAUCAUUCUCAUGCUCACCGCUGGGUCCGAUACUACUAGCAAUAUGCUUACAUGGACUGUAAUGAACCUGAUGCACUAUCCGGAGAUCUACGGACGUGUAACUAGAGAAGUGCGCGCCGCAUUCGCCGAUACCUCCCGGACUAUUUCGUUUGCCGAUGCCACAUCGAGGCUGCCGUAUCUCACAGCUGUUAUCUAUGAGUCAAUGCGGCUAACACCAUCGUUCUCGAGCAUACUGCAACGGUGCGCACCUACUGGUGGUACGUAUAUUCAAGGAUUCGUCAUUCCGAGUGAUUCACACAUCUGUGUGUCAAUUUCUGCUUGCCAUCGCAACCCACGCCUAUGGAAGGACCCGGAAACCUUUGAUCCCGAGCGCUUCCUUGGUCCAGAUUCGGCAGCACGGAUGAGAGACGUACUGGUGUUCAGUUCAGGCGUUCGCAUCUGUAUUGGGAAAAACCUGGCCUGGUUUGAACUGUACUUGGUGCUUGCAAACAUUCUGCGCAGGUAUGACCUCUCGCUGCCUGUAGAUGCGCCGUAUGGGCCACAUAGGCUGGACAAGGUUGGCGCUCCGGUCGAAAUUCCAGCGCAAUCGCUUCUUGUCACUGCUCCGAGGAAUCCCAAGAGUGAUUGCCGCUUAAUCAUUUCUUUGGCAGAGACAGGCUUUUGA